AUGUCGUCGGGAAACGACCAGUCGCCGCCGCCACUACCUCCUCCUCCGGCGGCGGCGGCCUCGGAGGAAGAGGAGGACGGCGAGGCAGAGGACUCGGCGCAGUCGGCUCAGUCGCCGACCGCUCAAACUCAGCAGCGGUUCGAGGAGUUAUGCAGCCGCCUCAACAUGGACGAGACGGCACGGGUGGAGGCCUGGGAGAGCUACCGGAGCAUGAGCGAGAGCUACACGCUGGAGGGAAAUGAUCUUCAUUGGUUAGCAUGUGCCUUAUAUGUGGCUUGCAGAAAAUGUGUUCCAACUGUAAGCAAAGGAACAGUUGAAGGAAACUAUGUAUCUUUGACCCGAAUCCUGCGCUGUUCAGAGCAGAGCUUAAUUGAGUUUUUUAACAAGAUGAAGAAGUGGGAAGACAUGGCAAAUUUACCCCUACAUUUUCGAGAACGUACUGAGAGAUUAGAAAGAAAUUUCACUGUUUCUGCUGUGGUUUUUAAGAAAUAUGAACCCAUCUUCCAGGACAUUUUUAAAUAUCCUCAGGAGGAGCAACCUCGUCAACAAAGAGGAAGAAAACAGAGGAGACAACCUUGUACUGUGUCUGAAGUUUUCCAAUUUUGUUGGGUGCUUUUUAUAUAUGCAAAAGGCAAUUUCCCCAUGAUUAGUGAUGACUUGGUCAAUUCUUACCAUCUUCUCCUGUGUGCUUUGGACUUAGUUUAUGGAAAUGCUCUUCUGUGUUCCAGUCGUAAAGAACUUGUGAACCCUAAUUUUAAAGGCUUCUGUGAAGAUUUUCAUGGUAAGGAUUCUAAACUUUCUUCAGACCCACCUUGUGUCAUUGAGAAACUGUGUUCCUUACAUGAUGGCCUAGUAUUGGAAGCAAAGGGAAUAAAAGAGCAUUUCUGGAAACCCUACAUUAGGAAACUUUAUGAAAAAAAGCUCCUUAAGGGAAAAGAAGAAAAUCUUACUGGGUUUUUAGAGCCUGGAAACUUUGGAGAAAGUUUUAAAGCCAUCAGUAAGGCCUAUGAAGAGUAUGUGUUAUCUGUUGGAAAUUUAGAUGAACGGAUAUUUCUUGGAGAGGAUGCUGAGGAGGAAAUUGGGACUCUCUCAAGGUGUCUGAAUACUGGCUCAGGAACAGAGACUGCUGAAAGGGUGCAGGUGAAAAACAGUUUGCAGCAACACUUUGACAAGUCUAAAACAUUUAGGAUCUCCACACCACUCACCGGGGUAAGGUACAUUAAGGAGAACAGCCCUUGUGAGACCCCAGUUCCCACAGUGACACAUAGCUUGAGUCGUCUGCACACCAUGCUAACAGGUCUCAGAAAUGCACCAACUGAGAAAUUGGAACAGAUUCUAAGGACAUGUUCUAGAGAUCCAACCCAGGCUAUUGCUAAUAGAUUGAAAGAAAUGUAUGAAAUAUAUUGUCAGCAUUUUCAGCCAGAUGAGGAUUUCAGUAACUGUACCAAAGAAAUUGCCAGCAAGCACUUUCGUUGUGCAGAAAUGCUUUACUAUAAAGUGUUGGAAUCUGUUACUGAGCAGGAGCAGAAAAGACUGGGAGACAGGGAUCUAUCUGCCAUUAUGGAACAGGAUGCAUUCCAUAAAUCGCUCUUGGCCUGCUGCCUUGAGGUCGUCACUUUUUCUUAUAAGCCUCCGGGGAAUUUUCCAUUUAUUACUGAGAUAUUUGAUGUGCCAUUUUAUCAUUUUUAUAAGGUGAUAGAAGUAUUCAUUAGAGCAGAAAAUGGCCUUUGUAGAGAGGUCGUAAAACACCUUAAUCAGAUUGAAGAACAGAUCUUAGACCAUUUGGCAUGGAAAUCAGAGUCCCCCCUGUGGGACAGAAUCAGAGAGAAUGAAAACAGAGUUCCUACAUGUGAAGAGGUUAUGCCACCUCAGAACCUGGAAAGAGCAGAUGAAAUUUUUAUUGCUGCCUCCCCUUUGACUCCCAGAAGGGUGAGUGAAAUUCGUGCGGAUGCUGGAGGACUUGGAAGAAGCAUAGCAUCUCCAGCCACAUUAUUUGAUAGGUACAACUCUCCAGCAACCAGCACAACUAGAAGGCGGCUAUUUGUUGAGAAUGACAGCCCCUCGGAUGGAGGGACACCUGGACGUAUUCCUCCGCAGCCCCUCGUCAAUGCUGUCCCAGUGCAGAAUGUGUCUGGUGAAGCUGUUUCGGUCACACCUGUUCCUGGGCAGACAUUGGUCACCAUGGCAACAGCUACUGUCACAGCCAACAAUGGACAAACAGUAACUAUUCCUGUACAAGGUAUUGCUAACGAAAACGGAGGGAUAACUUUCUUCCCAGUCCAAGUCAAUGUUGGGGGGCAGGCUCAAGCUGUGACUAGCUCAGUCCAGCCCCUUAGUGCUCAGGCCCUGACUGGAAGUCUGAGCUCUCAACAGGUGACAGGAACAGCCUUGCAGGUUCCAGGUCAGGUGGCCAUUCAGCAGCUUUCUCCAGGUGGACAACAGCAGAAACAAAGCCAACCUUUUAACAGCAGUAGUCUUAGACCCAAGAAGACCAGCUCUUUAUCACUUUUCUUCAGAAAGGUUUACAACUUAGCUGGUGUCCGCCUUCGGGAUCUUUGUGCUAAGCUAGAUAUUUCAAAUGAAUUGAGAAAAAAAAUCUGGACCUGCUUUGAAUUCUCCAUAAUUCAGUGUCCUGAACUUAUGAUGGACAGACAUCUGGACCAGCUCUUAAUGUGUGCCAUUUAUGUGAUGGCAAAGGUCACUAAAGAAGAUCAGUCUUUCCAGGACAUCAUGCGCUGUUACAGGACUCAACCACAGGCCCGGAGUCAGGUGUACAGAAGUGUUUUGAUAAAAGGGAAAAAAAGAAGAAAUUCUGGAAGCAGUGAUAGCCGAAGCCAUCAGAAUUCUCCAACAGAAUUAAACAAAGAUAGAACCAGCAGAGACUCCAGUCCUAUUAUGAGGUCCAGCAGCACCUUGCCAGUCCCACAGCCUAGCAGUGCCCCUCCCACACCUACUCGGCUCACAGGUGCUAACAGUGACAUGGAAGAAGAAAGGGGAGACCUCAUUCAGUUCUACAACAGCAUCUACAUAAAACAAGUCAAAACAUUUGCUAUCAAGUACUCACAGGCAAACACAAUGGAUGCUCCCCCACUCUCUCCUUACCCGUUUAUAAGAACAAGCUCUCCCCGCCGAAUACAGUUGUCUCAGAAGCAUCCUAUCUACAUUUCCCCACAUAAGAAUGAAACGAUGCUUACUCCUCGAGAGAAGAUUUUCUACUACUUCAGCAACAGUCCUUCAAAGACACUGAAGGAAAUUAACAGUAUGAUACGGACAGGAGAAACUCCAACCAAAAAGAGAGGGAUUCACUUGGAAGAUGGAAGUGAAUCACCUGCCAAAAGAAUUUGCUCAGAGAAUCAUUCUGCCUUAUUACGCCGUCUACAAGAUGUCGCAAAUGACCGGGGUUCCCAUUGA